AAGUUUUCGUCGGAACUUGUCUGCUAUCUGCUUGUUUUUGUCAAGUGUUGUUUACUGUUUAUUACUAAUUGAGAAGCCGAAUGUAAUAGGAUUUCAACUGCAUUCACCACAUAUUUCGAUUUUAAAGACAAUUUCAGUAGUCUUAUUAACAUUUUUUCUGUUUCAAUGGGAAAAUGAUAAAGCUUUUAAUAUUGAUUUGUGUAGUAUCUUCGUCUCUAGCAAGACCAGAAACUAAACCGACUUGUGGCUAUCAGUCAUGUCAUCCGACCAAGAAAGGAAUGUUGAAUGUUCAUCUCGUGCCUCACACUCAUGAUGAUGUGGGCUGGUUGAAAACCCUCGAUGAAUACUACUAUGGAUCCAAACCAGGAAUUCAAAGAGCCGGAGUGCAGUACAUUCUAGACUCGGUAGUUGAGGAGCUUUUACAUGAUCCUAACAAAAGGUUUAUCUACGUGGAAACUGCGUUCUUCUGGAAAUGGUGGCAGGAGCAGGACGACCACAAGCGACACCAGGUGAAGGCGCUGGUGAACGCUGGCCGGCUGGAAUUCAUUGGUGGCGCCUGGGCCAUGAACGACGAAGCCACCACCAACUAUCAGUCCACCAUUGACCAGUUCACUUGGGGAUUCAGGAAAUUGGAUGACACAUUCGGCGCUUGCGGCCGACCUAAGAUCGGCUGGCAGAUAGACCCGUUCGGCCAUUCUCGCGAGUUGGCCUCGCUGAUGGCGCAGUUCGGCUUUGAUGGUCUGCUCUUCGGUCGCCUCGACUACCAGGAUAAAGCCACCCGGGUGCUCAACAAACACAUGGAAAUGGUCUGGCAGGGCAGUCCUACUAAUCUAGGAUCUUCAGCCGAUUUGUUCACCAGUGUUCUCUUCAACACAUACAGUGCACCACCAUCGUUUUGCUUUGAUAUUUUAUGUAAUGAUGAGCCGAUAGUGGAUAAUAAGAAAAGCCCAAAGUACAAUGCUGAUGAACGGGUUGAGACUUUAAUAAAAUUUGCACAAAAACAGAAGGAAGCCUAUAAUAGCAAUAACAUAAUUUUAACAAUGGGAGAGGACUUUACUUAUCAGUCAGCCGGGACCUGGUAUAAAAACAUGGAUAAACUUAUAAGACUUGUAAAUGAGAAGCAGAGCAAUGGAUCAAAUGUAAAUCUGUUAUACUCGACUCCAUCGUGCUACGUGAAAGCGGUCAAUGAGGACAAUCUUAGUUUCACUACAAAGAAAGACGACUUCUUUCCCUACGCAUCGGAUCCCAACUCGUUUUGGACCGGAUAUUUCACUUCCAGACCAACCAUCAAGUAUUUCGAGAGGAAGGGUAACAAUUUCUUGCAAAUUUGCAAACAGCUGUACGCACUGGCCGACCUGGGGCCGGAAGACAGGGGUGACCUGAAUGCGCUGCGCAGUGCCAUGGGAGUGAUGCAGCAUCACGACGCCAUCACUGGCACCGAAAAACAGCUGGUUGCUUUCGACUAUGCUCGCAUUCUCAGCCAGGGAAUGGCCGAGUGUGAAAUUGUUGUCGAUGCUGCUCUCAGGAAAAUAAUCGCGCCAAAAACUGCAGAUACAGAAGAUCAACCGAAAUUAGAUGAUGAAUUCAAGACAGUCACCUGUCCUCUGCUGAAUGUGAGUCAGUGUGCCACCACAGAGGAGAACAAGUCAUUUGUGGUAACUGUAUACAAUCCUCUCAGCAAGCCUGUCACACACUAUGUACGCUUACCAGUCAUCGAUAACGCCAACUAUACUGUUCUUUGUCCAAUGGGUAAGAAGCAAGUGACCCAACUGGUGCCAAUCUCAGACGCAGUGAAACGCAUACCAGGCAGAGCCUCGAAAGCCGAGUUCGAACUGGUGUUCAGAGCUAAGAACUUGCCGCCUCUUGGCUUCCGCUCUUACUACGUGAGUCAGGAUGCCAAGUUGGAUGGUGAGGAACACGACUAUACAGGCGGUCAAGUGAGGAGGGAGCCUGCCGAGAACAUAGUCCUUGGAGAUCAUAUGAGUUUGAGUUUAACUCUGAAUGAGAACGGUGAACUAUCGUCUGCAACUUUUGGUGAGAAAACGAUUAAAUUGAGUCAAGGCAUCUACUAUUAUUCUGGUGCGGCUGGAAAUAACGAGGAAUUCAAGAAUCGUUCGUCUGGUGCUUACAUAUUCAGACCAACACCUGCUCAGCCGAUUCUCUUAUCUGCAAAGGGAGAGGUCAAACAAUAUAAAGGUCCGAUCGUGGAAGAAGUUCAAGUAAUUUACUCUAAUUGGGUAAGUCAAACUAUAAGAAGGUACACAGAUGAAGAGUAUGUUGAAGUCAACUGGAUUGUUGGACCCAUUCCUAUCGAUGACAACGUCGGGAAGGAAAUCAUAAUCCGCUACGAAUCCGACAUCAAAUCGAACGGCGUGUUCUAUACCGACUCGAACGGCCGCGAAACGCUGAAGCGAGUCCGCGACUUCCGUCCCACUUGGAAGCUGGAGUUGGCCGAGAAGAUAUCGGGUAACUACUACCCGGUCACCAGCCGCAUAUCCAUCAAAGACGAGAAGAACCAGUUCUCGGUGCUCACCGACAGAGCGCAGGGUGGUAGCAGUCUCAACGAUGGACAGAUUGAGCUCAUGGUUCACAGACGUUUGCUACACGAUGACGCGUUCGGUGUGGGUGAAGCCCUGAACGAGACAGCCUAUGGGGGCGUGGGGUUGGUAGCAGUGGGCAGUCACUACCUGACCGCGGGUGGAAGGCCGGCCACUGACAAAUUCCUUGCCCAUCGCAAACUCAUGGACUCAUGGAUGUUUUUCACUCCUACACCUACCACCACUUUUCAACAGUGGCAGAAGAACUACAAAAUGGAGUAUUCUGGCUUGAAAGGAACAGUACCUUCAAAUGUGAAAAUUCUCACUUUGGAGCCGUGGAAGGGAAGAAGUCUGCUUCUCAGGUUGGAGAACAUAUUCGAGGUUGGAGAAGACGAACUCUACUCCAAGGAAGCCAUUGUCAAUUUGCAGGACUUGUUCUCAGCUUUCAAAAUAGUAUCAGCACAAGAAACAGUGUUGGGUGCCAAUCUGCUAUUGAAAGACAUGCAGCGGCUCAAAUGGAACUCCGAAUCCAACUAUAUAAAGAAACAGGGUCCAUCUCAAACCCUCACAGAUUUCAAUGUCACCUUGAAACCAAUGCAGAUUCGUACUUUCAUCAUUGAAGUUCAACGUAUUUGAAAGUCUCGAGAAAACUUUAAAAGUGAGACUUUGUAAUUCGCCUGUGUAACAAAGGUAUGUUUUAUAAUACGGUAAUGAUUUAUAUGUUUUUGACUGAUAAUUAAUGAUCAAAAUGUUUCUUUGGAUAUAUAAUGUUAUUUGUAGCAAACUAUUAAAAUAUUGUUUUGCAUUUUAAAAA